CGCGUGAAAGGCGAUCAUCAUAGCAAUCUACCCAGACCGCCGCUGCCAUAUAGAUAUCCGCCUCCACCCCUGCUGCCCGCGCAUACUGUAGUACCUAUGCUUCGAAUGCUGUACAACACCAUACCCUGACACUACCUACCUACCUCGACACCAUGGCCGCCCUCUACUCGCCCUUCUGCACGCCUGCUGCCGACGUUGCUGCCCUCCAAGAGGUGCGCUCCGUCCCUACCGCCCAAGACGCCAGCAACUGCUUCUGCCCCGACCACCAACAAUGCUCGUCCGACGCUCAAUCGACAUGGCUGCUGCACCGCGAUAUCCUGCAUGCUCUCGUCUCUCCCGUCGUCCAGCUCUUCACCCGUGCCUCGCGCCUGGCCGAGGCCGCCGUCUGCAGCUCCAAGCCUGAGGACCUGGAAAUGGCCUUUACCGGUGACGCUCGCAGCGCCUUCCUCUGGCUACAGUGCUUCCUCUCCGACGAGGAGCAGUGGUGCCAGUUUGUUGGCUGUCCUGCGUGCAUUGUCUCGCACACCCUCUCCACUGAGGAGCACCUUCGCUUCACCUACACCGCCCUGCACCUUGCCAACGACUCCGACAUGCAAAACUCCAACGCUCUUCCCGCCAUUCCUUUCUUCACCGCCGCCCUCACCGACGCCAUCAACACCGACCCCUUCUGGGACUCUUACCCCGGCGCCGCUUCUUCGAUCGAAAGCUCCGCCGAAUCCCUCACCGUGAACGUCCGCGCUCUUAGGAUCCAGUGUGGCGAGCUCGAGGCGUUGGUUGCCGAUUUCACCGAAGGCCAAUCAACUCCCCGCGUUCAGACUCCUGGCACUCCGAUCGUUUCCCGCCUCUCCACCAAGGUGCACGGUGGCCAGCUCCCGGCCGUCAAGACGAGUAAGCUGGCCAAGCGCCAGCAGCGCAUGCGUCUGGAGGAGCAGGCUGCGCUGCAGAAGCUGGUCGCGCAGUGCUGCGGCCGUGCUGCGCUGCAGAGGAACGCUGCCGGUCCCCGGGAGCGCACCCACAUUCGCGCCAUCAUGCGCGAAAACGGCGAUGCGCCGCACCUUGGGCUUGCCUCGAAGAGGCGGAGGAGCCUGACUUGCCCUUGAACAAUUUUUCUUUUGUUGCAGAAGUUCAGGGCUAGAAGGGCAGAAAGGGGUUUUUUAUUCAUUCUUCGACACUUUUCACCUCUAGGGUUUUAAAAGGAUUGGGGGAAAAAAUCGGCAGCGGGCGCUCUACGGUUGUUGGAUUUUGCUUUGAGUACGGCUCCUGGGCCGGCGUUCUCGGUGGUGGACUCUUAGACGGCCCGGCAGGCCAGUCGUUGGAUUGGCGGAUACAGGAUAUAUACCUCCCCAGGAUAUUGGGCGAGGAGGCGUUUGUUUAGAGGCGUUUUUGCCCGAGGCUUCGGGGGGAAAAGCGCGCGAGGAGGCAUCCCGCACCGUUUUUCUUUUGUUUUCUCUGUUUUGUUUACUUUGUUUUAGCCGCUCCUUUUGUAGCACUACUACCCCCCCGGUCUCACACACCAGAGACGCAGGCGUCCCUUUCGGGAAAUAUCUACC